AUGACUGCAGUCAACCCCAAGGACUCCAUGAAGUCCACUUGGCGAGAUGGUAAUCGAGACGACUGGAACUUUUACCACCAUGUCAUAGACUUCCUGAAUGUCUAUCACAUCGACCGUGACCGCGAGGUUCCAGUGCACCCAAAAGACGACAAAGUGCCCUAUGUACCUCAAUGGUCUCUCCAUCGUUUUGUGCUCAUAUAUUCGACUAUCCCUCUCCUCCUCCAUCAAGUCUUUUCGUCCUAUACCGGUUACACCCUUGGUCCUCUCGCCGCAUUCAACUACUAUUUUUUUGCUUUCAACGCUAUUGUCAUCUACGAAGUGCAUAUCCUCCGAAGACUCGGUCACAAGUGGGGCUUUCUGGAUGGUGACAAGCACGAGCGUGACGGUAUCCCCGAUGUUGGCAUAGCAAAAGUUGUACAAUCACUUUAUAAGACGACAGGCUCGCGGCUUGCCAUGUCCAUCUACUUUUCCUACAAUGCCAGUCGCUUGCCUGCGCAGAUGAGUUGGGUAUGGCUUCCCCUUGAGAUUGGCCUCUACGGCAUUGUUCUUGAUUUCUGGUUCUAUUGGUACCACCGGGCGAUGCACGAUGUGGACUUUCUCUGGAAGUUUCAUCGUACCCACCAUUUGACCAAGCACCCAAACCCCCUGCUUUCGGCCUAUGCCGAUCACGAACAAGAGUUCUUCGACAUGGUCGGAGUCCCGUUUCUUACUUAUAUGACUCUCAAGGCGUUCGGGCUACCAAUGGGCUUCUACGAGUGGUGGAUCUGCCAUGAAUAUAUCGCCUUUACGGAAGUCCUGGGGCACAGCGGCCUUCGAGUACAUGGUACAGCCCCUUCGACUCUAGGUUGGUUGCUAAACCUGUUCAACGCGGAUAUCGUUAUUGAGGACCAUGACCUGCACCAUCGCAAGGGCUACAGGAAGAGCUACAACUACGGCAAACAGACACGCCUCUGGGAUUGUAUAUUCGGCACCUGUCAUGAUCGGAUCGAGUCGGCGAAAGAUAAUAUUGACUUCGACAAAACGGCGCCCAUGCCGCUUUAUUAG